GCUAACGCUGACGUCUGCUGUGUUUGAACACACUUUAACUGUGCAAGUACACACGUAAAAGACGACGAUGACCAGCUGACAUACAGCGGUGAGCCGAAUCUGUGCGUCGAAUCUAGUAAAAGUGAAACAGGUGUGGUAUGAGCGCACUGCACAGCGAUCUGAAAACACAAUGGGUGCCCUCAUUACCUGCUUCAAUGGGGAGGAAAUGCAUCCAUUCAUUGUUCUGGCAAGAAACGCAGUAUCUGGUUGCAGUAACUAUGAAAUCAUCGUGGCAGCAAGAAGAACAGAAUUACCUGUUAAACCAGGUUUGAGAAUGUAUAGGUGGUAAAUGUUUUUGUAGAAGGAAAAAUGUCUUGUUCCUGAAGCAAUAUAUGCAGUGCAUGCUGAUUUUCUGUCUUUUUUCCAUUUACUGCAUUUAACAUUAGCUCUGUUCCUUAAAGCUCCUUCAGAGGUUUGCUUUUCCAACAGUUAAACAGUAUUUUAUUUCAUUCGGAAACUCACUCAUGCUUUAUUGUGUAAAUAUAAAGCUCUCUUCACUGCUCAGUGUGAUUUACAGCAGCCGGGCCAUUAAUGUAAAUACUUCCCUGUCAAUAUUUUCACAUUGUUAGCGUCUCCAGGAGGUCUCAGACACGUUUUAUUUUCAUUGUUUUCAUAAGAGCAACAAGAAGCUGGUUUUCAUUCCUCCGUCCUCGAGGGAGAGAAAGUGUUCAGAUGCACUUUCUCUCCCCGGAUGAACAUGAAGGUCUAAAGGGAAGAAGCAUAGCACCGCAGCAGAGAGGUGUGGCCACAUAGCUCUCAUGACAGGUGGAGGUGGGGAGGAGCUAGAUUACCUGUGCAGAGCUGGCAGGCAGUGCACAGUGGACAUUACACCUGUUGCACUUCCCAGGCUCGCGCUCUCUGUUUCUUUCCUGCUCUUUCCGUCCCUCUCUCUUCCCCUUCUUCUCUCCUCGACCGGUCUGGAGGCGCCAAGGGAGCCGACAGCCUCACCAUGGAUCCCAACGAGGCCAGCGGGGGUGAGAAGGAGAAGGAGAAGGAGAAGGAGAAAGUGAUAAAGAGGAGGAACCGGCCUGUGUUCCUGCGUUACCUGGAGAGGAGAAAGACGGACACUAUUGUGGCUGAUGACACGGCCAAAUGGGACGUCAACCUGGGGACGCUGGUGAGGAGGAGUCAGUCUGACAAGACGGAGUACAGCGCUAAACUUAAAGAGAAAAUGACACCACAUGACCUGUCCACACCCCCCUCGCCAGCACUUGACCCAGAGGAGGUCCGUCUGAGGAAGAUGAACCGCAGGGCAAAGGUCAUUCAGGAGCUCGUGCAGACUGAAAAGGACUACCUCACAGACCUGGAGCUGUGCAUCAGAGAGGUGGUCCAGCCUCUAAGAAAUCUGCAGGUUGUGGAUGUAGACAGGUUGUUCACCAACAUGGAGACAGUGUGUGAGGUAUCUGCAGCGCUCCUCCACAGACUGCAUGAGGCCAUGGCUGACCCUGAUCUAGAGGCGGUCGUCUUAGGUGAAGUAUUCAUCCAGGCGAAGGCAGCUUUGGAAGACGUAUAUAAGAUUUACUGUUACCAUCAUGAUGACGCCAACAUGUCACUCAAAUCCUACGAGAAAGAGGAAGAAAUAAAGCAGCAUUUCACCACGUGUGUUCUAGCUCUGAAGAAAAUCUAUGACCAAGAAGGGAAACCCAACUUGCUGGACAUGGGGUCACUGCUCAUCAAACCGGUGCAGAGGAUCAUGAAGUACCCGCUGCUGCUCGGGGAGCUGUGGCAGGCCACGCCCGAAGACCACCCUGACUACCAGCCCCUGCAGGAGGCCUUCACUGCCGCCAAGAUCAUCAACGUCAACAUCAACGAGUUCAAGAGACGCAAGGAUAUAGUUAUGAAGUAUAAGAGGCUGGAGGAUGAAGGCACACUGAGGGGCAAACUACACAAGUUCAACAUCCACUCUAUCCGCAAGAAAGGUGACAGGUUUGCUGGCUAUCUCAAGAUCCUCACUGGAGUUGAACCACAGGUGAGAGAUGAAGUCUUUGACAGAGAGGAGAAGCUGUUCAGGAGUCUGGAGAAGGCUGUGAGGCAGCUGGUCAAGAAUGUUCAAUGUUACCUGCAGCACACUCAGGAGAUGGUGUCUGUGGCUGUCCAGAAUGUCCAGGACAUGGAGAACAUCAUCAAGGAGCCAAACAAAAACGGCACAAACGGCUCGUUGCACAGAAAUGGAAAUGACCCCUAUAAGCACUUUAAAAACAGUAUGGAGCGCUUGGUCCUCGCCCCCCUCUCCGCCCUGCAAGGCAUGUUCACAGCCCCCCAGAAGCUCAUCCAGAAGCGAUAUGACAAAUUGCUGGAUUACUGCAGCCGCCUGGAGCGCUCUUCUUCUUUUUCGUCCUCGUCAUCCACCACCGCUUCCUCUCCCUCCCUGGUGUCAGAAGACCCGUCCGGUCCCGCCAGGAGGGACUAUGAAGCUCUCAAUGCUCUGCUGGUGGAGGAGCUGCAGCGCUUCAACAUGGCCGCCUAUACGAUCCUGACCAACUGUGUGGCGUGCCUGGUGGCCCUGCUCAGAGGGCUGAUGGAUAAAAUACUUCUUUGCUCCCCGUCCAUGCAGCAGCUACCUGCUCCGUUGUCAAACAUCGCUGAAGUGCAGAGCUGCAUCAUGGAUGAGCUGAACAAUCUGACGUUCGUCAAAGACAACGCGCAGAAGUUAAUGGAGCGAAAAGUCAGCUUCGAGCGGCAACGAGACAAGAAAAUAACGAUGCCGGAGGUGCAGCAUCAAACCGAGGAGCAGCGUGCCCGGCUGCUGGCGGAGCACCCGCUGAGCCGUCUGUACCAGCUGAAGAGGAAGUGCAACGGCUGCCAGGAGCAGGACCUCAGCCUGCUGGAGGGGGAGCUGGUGGCCCUGCUGGAGGACACGGACCCAUUAGGCAGCAGCAGCCGCUGGCUGGUUCACACUGGAGGAACACAGGGCUACGUCUACUCCACCUUCCUGAAGCAGUACAACCCUCUGAGGGACUCCCAGCGGGCAGGCCAGAUGGUCAAAGAGCAGCAGCAGCAGCAGCAGCCGCCCCCCCUGGCCGAUGAGGACUUUGACGACCUCAGCCUGUUCGUGUCGGGCAGCGGCAGCAGCAGCCUGCGCAGCUUCAACCUCAACACCACCGACAGCAGCUCAAUCCUCUCUGCACUGCAGGGGGAGCCGGAGAGCCCCGAAGACCUGGAGGACACUCUGGACACUGAGGCUCAGCAGUUUUAUGCCGUGUACGCAUUUCAAGCUCGCUGCGACCAGGAGCUGACCUUGCAGGAGUACCAGCAUGUCCGCAUCCUCCAGUUCUCUGACCUGGGAGGCAACAAGGACUGGUGGUUAGCUGAGUCUAACGGACAGAGGGGAUACGUGCCUGCCAACUACCUUGGCAGGAUGUCUUAUGCAUAAACAGAGGCCCUCUAUUUAUUCCAACCUGGGGCGCUUUAAACAAAUCUGCUUACUCAGAAACAGUCCUGACACUCAGACAUGCUCUGCUCUGUGAACUGCACGAGGUAUCACCAGGUUUGAUCAGAUGUCUCGUACCAAUAGUGUUGAAUCUGUGUUGCCUUCAGAAGAUCACAAGAAGAGAGCUCACCAAGGGGACCAAUAAUCUAUAAUGAAUAGUAAUGAAGGGGGUGGGGGGGCGUGGUUACAGGGCACUGUGCUGAGCACUUUUUGUACUUCAGUGUUGUAGAGUUUAUAUUGAUAAUGAAGUGAUUUAUCCAUGAAGUUAAUUUUAUAUGUGACCUGAUUCAUGCAUGAAGUUUAUGUUUAAUGUGAAUGUAAAUGAAAUGUGUCGUCAUUUCUACUUUAAUAAACAUGAAUCCACG